UAGGUUAUUACAACGUGAAAUUUGUCAUAUGAUAGCAUUUGGAAAGGAAAUUAGAAUGUAUUAAAAUGGUUUGAUAUUUGACAGUGUCAUUUGGGAAUCGUCAUCCUGAUCGUGUUGGCGUUAGGUGAAAGUUCAUAAUGGCACCUAAGAGGAAGAAUCCAUCUCGCAGUACUAGAGCUGGUGGCAUCCUGAAAGCCACGAAAAGUGAGGCAAUCGAACCGUCAAGCAGUGCUGUCAGGGCUUCCAGCACUCAACAAGUAAAGAGGGCUCUGAACCAAAGCUCCCUUUCUAUGCUGAACAAGUUAUAUUACUUUUGUACUCGUAGACCAAAGGCAUAUGAGGAAUUGAGUGUCUUGGUUAGUAUGUUUGGCCUUUACUUAAACCGCAAGGAUAGCUCCACAUUGAGACCAAAAGGAUGGAUUAGCAAUACGGUAAUUUUAGUUGCCGGAAAGAUAAUGAUGGAAGAGGAGAAGGCAACAGAUGGGGUUGUUACUCGUCAUAUGUUUAGCCCGCAUUUUAUGAAUAAAGUAAUAUGCGACUCAAAUCUGUCUAAUGAAGAUAGCUACAAGCCUUGGUGUAUUGAGGAUGUAUCUCUAUUUGUCUUACCGAGUAAAUUGGGUUAUGAUAUUAAUCAGUGCAAAUUGAUUUUUGCACCGACUUUGUUUGAGGAGCAUUGGUCUUGUUAUGCUUUUGAGCCCGAGAACAAAACCCUGUAUGUAUUAGAUUCAAUGCCCGAUAAAGUCUCAAUCAGCAAGAAGAACUUGGAUGAUGCAACGAAACUUCGUUUUGAGGAGCUGCUGGUAUUAAAGAAUCCUAGUUUGACCCAAGAGAAUGCAUCAAUAACACUUCUUCAUGUUGAUGUUCCUAUGCAGCCAAACAAUCAUGAUUGUGGCAUCUAUGUGCUGAAAUACAUGGAAACUUGGGAUGGAUCAAUAAAAUGGGAAGACAAAACCAUGCCAGAUUAUUCCUACAAAGAAAUCGUGAAGUUUCGGCAAAGCCUUAUAUGUGGAUGGGUGCAACAUCCUAAAAAUGAGGUUAGAGAAGAGAUAUUGAAGGAGGCAGGAGUGUGGGGAAAAUUAUGAUGACUACAUCGACUAUCAAGUUGACAAAUCUAUUAGGGAUCUUGGUUAAAUUUUUUUAUUACAAUAUAGUUUUAGUCCUUACACGUGACACUUUUUUUUAAUAUUGUUCUUAUACGAAAGAAGUUUUGAAUUUAGUCUCAAUAGGUAUAAUCUUUUUCAACUUUGUUCUUACCAUUGGUUGUUAUUAUAACACUCUGAGAUUGGUAUAGAGACCAAUUGUUACUA